AUGGUUCGAAGAGUUCAUGGGCAACGUGAUGCGCACGCUGGCGAAUGGAACGUCGACCCGGCGCGGCUGGCUGUCAUGGGCGACUCGGCAGGUGGCGGGCUCGCUGCCGGCGCGGCCCUCUUGGCAAGAGACCGGAAACUGACGCCGCCUCUCGCGAAGCAAAUCUUGAUCUAUCCCAUGCUCGACGAUCGGACGGGGUUUCGGGGCGGCGGAGCGCUCGACCCGUACCACUUCUGGACCGCCGCGUACAAUCGCACGGCGUGGGAGGCGGUGCUCGGCGGGGGCAGGGCGGGGGCCGCCGAUGGGGGGUCCCGAUCCACGUGGCGCCGGGACGAGCCCGCGACUUGUCGGAUUUGCCGUCUACCUAUGUGGAAAUCGGAGGACUUCACCUGUUUGUCGGUGAGACGGCUGCCUUUGUUGAGCGACUCGUGGCUGGGGACGUGGAUGUUGAGUUCCAUCUGCUGCCUGGGCUCGUACACGGGUUCGACUGCUUCGGCUUGUUGA